AUGACGGAUGUUAUAGAUGUAAACAUCAAACAUCUACCUGAAAAUAUCCUACUAGAGAUACUUUCCUAUCUCUCUGUGAAGGAUUUGUGUCGAGCAGGAAGGGUGUGCAGGGCAUGGCGUCGUGUAGUAAGAGACAACACACUAUGGAGACAUGUGGACCUCCUCCCUUACCGCCUUAACCUUCAGAAGAUGUGGAAGGUCAUCCGUGCUCACUUUUCCGAAUGCCUUCUCACAAUGAAAGUCCGUGGAUUUGUGGAAUCAGCUGGACCCAAACAAAAGAAGCCCUCUUUGUCAGAUGCAAUGUUACUAGACCUUAGAGAGAGAUGUCCAAACAUCCGCGACCUUCAUCUUCAUAUGUGUAACACUGACAACAUUUCUGCUAACAACCUACCCAGAUCCCUCACUCGACUUGUACUUCAUGGUUGUUCAUGGCAACCAAGAUGGCUGAAGGGACAUGAAGAGAACCUACAGAAAAUUGAAGGUUUGGACCUCUCCUGUUGCAGCAGGGUGGACAGUUUUGAUAUGCAGGAUAUUGGAAACUGGAAAGGAUUGAAGGUAUUGAAGUUAAAUGGUCUUUACAGAUUGAAUGAGAAGGGAAUCCAGCAUGUUGCUACUUCCCUACCACUGCUGGAGAGGCUGGAGUUAAGCUACACACAGUGCACAGAGCUUGCAGUUCAUCAUAUAUCACGUCAUCUUAAAAAUUUAUGUCACCUGAACAUGUCAAACUGUAGUCUACUAAAUGAUUCUGCUGUGGAAACUUUGUCUUCAGGGCUCCACAAGCUGGAGUACCUCGAUCUUAAAUCCAACAGUCAACUUACCAUAUCUGGGUUGUCGUCACUCAGAGCUUGUAAACGCUUGAGUGUGCUGGUGUUUGACUUAAAAGAUGAUACAGAAAAGCAUAUGCUACAGGCAGAACUGCCCAAUUGUACAAUUGUCAAUGGAGAUGUUUGAAAAGGUAUUGGUAAUUUUUUUCUUUUUUAAAGUCACAGGAAAUGGCCACAAUGAUUAUAAAAUAGAAAAAUUCUAAAACUCCAUGGAAAAAGGGGAGUCACCAGUAAUGGUGAUAUUUGAAAGUUAACAUCAGCCCAGGCUUCAGGGUAAUAAACUUUCAUUAAUUAAUGCAAGUUUUUAUGCUCUCUGAAAUUUAUUUUUGGGGGGAAAGUAUAUAGUUAUCGCUUUAUUUAUAUUAGUUAUCCUACAAUAAUGAUAUCCAGUUUGGUAAUAAGCCCACCCACCACCCUUAUCCUUUCCUGUUCAGUAACAUCAUCAACCAAACACUAUUUCAUUAUCUAGUAUAUUGAUUCAACCCUUUAUAUUUGACAAUUUUAUAAGUUAAACUGCGUAUAUCAAAAGAGAUAAAACAUUUCUGAAAUAGAUUUGUUCAAACCCAAGAGUCAAAACUGAUUUUUUCGAGUCAGAAACAUAUUGUCUGAUUGCAUGAAUAAGUCCACUUCCUGACUCUGAGCAAGAUGUUGUGUUGGUCUCGUGCUUAUUGUAGCGAUAAAUACAUGUACAUCAGUUUCACUUUAGGAAAACACGAUUAGAUUGAGUUCAGAAUAGAUCUCAACAAGAUAUAUAUACUCUGUCUUCCUAUAACAAAAAUCGAUCAAUUUCUAUCAGUUAUUGAAAAUUGAUCAAGGUGAGGGCUGAGGUCUAGAAUUUAUCUGUUUCCUCCUAAAUAGAAAUGAUAGAUAAACAGAUAAAACGGAGAUUCUGUUCUGAACAGUUUUCCAUAUUGGACAGAGUAAAUGUAUAUAAAUGAUUUUUAGAGUAGAAUUAAAUAUUUACUUAUUAUUAUUAGUCAGUUAUUAUAAAACAGAUGUCUUUUAAAUAAUGAAUGGAUCAAUCAGAAAUUUAUACUGUAAAGCUGGGAAGUUUUGGUGUUUUUCUAAUUUAUCAGUCAAUUCAUAUCUCAAAGCAGGAAAAUUUCAUGAUCUGGAUGUAAAAGAAUAUCUUAUACACGUGUGUCUCAUUAUUUGACAAAUUAAAUUUGUUUGGUCAUGUUAAUAUGAUAGAAGUAGUAAAAAUAUCAUCUGCACAAAAAUAAUAAGGUACACAGUAUAUGUGUUAUCCCGAUUACUGGAUGUUUAUAACCCUUACUGAGUUAAGGGAGGAUCCAUGUUUUAGUAGUUUAUAUUCACAACAUUGUGUACUAGAUAUCUUACGAUCCACUGAACAGAUAUAGUACGUAUUCUCACCAAAGCAUCAAGUCCUACACCUGAUUAGAUUUAGGUGGUCAUCUCUCAGGGUUAAAUGUCAAAGAUCUCACUGUAUCACCUUAUAGAUAGGAAGCUCUUUUAAAAUAAUUCACAUGGACCCCUUAACUUAUUUAGUAAAAAUGAACAGAUCAUGGAAUGGGGUGUAUUUAUGUAUCUAAAACUAUAUAUGUAAACUCACUUAGACAAUAGCAGCCUAUUUUUGUAGUCAGGGGGAAUAACUCUUCUUGAUUUUGAGUCAAUGUAUUGUGAAACUUCACAGGUGUUACAUGUAUAAUUUCAUAUUUAUUGUUUUAUUUCAUGUUUUUUCUGCAAUGAUUAUUUAUUAAGUUUGGGGUCAUUAAAUUUUGAAAAUCAAUGUCGUUAAAUGUAGCAAAAGUAUCAGAAAAAUUAGUUUUAUUACUGAAUAAUGUCUUUCUCUGAUACCUAUACAUUAUUGCCUUGGUGAGAGGGGGAUGGCUAUCUUUAAAUAGUGUACUUUUACAUUAAAGUAGGGGUCAGAAAAAAGCUGGACAUUUUAAUGUCUCAGAUUCAUUUGGUCAUCAUCCUUAGAGCCAGAAUGAUCAACAUACUCUUCAGUCCCUUUGGCAGCACACACAAAAACAUUAACGUGUGGUUUAUGAUGUCCUUUUUAUGAAGCGUCAUGGUCAGUUGGUCCAUUAAUGUUAUUUAUAAUUACCAUCAGCCUUCAAAUACAAAUGCCUGGAGAAAUUUACCAACAAUAUAUUAUGGAUGUCCUCAUAUGUUAUUUGUUUUGUCUACUCAAGUGUUCAUGUAAAAAUGAGACAGAAAAAGUAUCAUUUAAAUUCCAUCCAUGGAGGAGAUUUUUCACUAAUACAAGACUUUUCCUAGCUUUAGGGAAGGAAAAAGACAAUUCUAUCCAUGGAGGAGAUAUUUGACAUUCUAAUAUGAGAAUUUUCCUAGCUGUGGUAGAGAUUUCCUUGUCCCCACCACAAACCCAGGGAGUAUAUUUAAAUAUGAUGUUAAAGCACUAUGUCUUGUAACAGUUUAUUUUAUGUUACAUACCAGUAUAUUAGUAAGUACAGUGUCAUUACUACUAUUAAUGUUUGUUUUAACAGAUGUCAUCAUGUGUUUUGCAAGUGAUUGAAUAUAACUGAUGAUAAUUCGAUGAUAAAGACAAUUUUAAAGAUUUUUUCUCAUAUACAUGUUCUGCUGAAGAUUGUUAUAUAUAUAC